AUGCUAAGGGCACUUAAAGCCAAGCACAAGACUAUGAAACUGCUCUACAUUUUGAUUGCUGGCAACGUUUUAAGUGCGCUGGUCCUAGCGGCCCCCACAGACGAGGAUGCUCUCAACCAGGACACGCCCUACAUCAAGGAGCUACUGCGUCAAGCCAAAGCUGCUGAGAUCGAGAGCUUUUUGGACCAGAAGACGGAUCCGUGCAAGGAUUUCUACGCCUUCUCCUGUGGCAACUACAAACGCAUCAACUCGGCUUUGAACUUGCAGAAGGACAGCACCGGAUUAUUCGAAACUCUGAAAAACGGUCUCAACCGGAAGAUCCUGAAGAUGCUCAAGACACCCCACGAUACCCACGACACUCCGGAGGACAUUCAGGUGAAGCACUUCUACGAGUCCUGCCUCGGGAUUAAGGAGCUCAAGUUCAAAGAAAAGCUGAAGCGGAUCAUUGCCGAAUUUGGAACAAUGCCGAUGCUCGAGGGAUCCUCCUGGCAGGAGGACGACUUCGACUGGGUGGAGACUACUGCUCGCAUCAACCACCGAUACGGAAUUAUAGGAAUUAUAGGAGUAGAGGUGACCACGGACAUGCUCAAUAACCAAAGAAACAUCAUCUACGUAGUUCGGCAGGAAUUCCAACUAGAAUCACGUGGCAUGUAUUUAAACAACGAAACGGCAUUCUACCGCCAAAAUUAUAAGGCUGGACUCCAGUAUUUUUUUGAGGGAAUCUUAGAAGUUGAGAAGGAAUUGGCAAUGAAAACGGCCAAGGAAGUGCUUGACUUCGAGGUGGAAUUGGCCAAUGGACUUGUGGACAAUAAGGAACACCACGACUUAAAAGACCAGCUCGAACUUCUAACUGUCGCUGACUUGCGCAAGAGAUAUGCCCCCACCAUCGACAUAGAGAAAUUGAUAUUCGUGAGCAUGGGAGAGGAGAUUUCCGACCAGAUCUACGAAUUCAAUAGGCGUUAUCAGCAAAAUGUGGUCGAAGUGAUUAAGCGUACGCCAAAGCGCACUGUUGCCAACUAUAUAUUCUAUCGUCUGAUAUGGAAGUUUUUGGUGAAAUCAGGGAAGUCUUCGACCACGCUGCCAAAGCUCUGUUUGACCUACACCAAGAAGUACUUCGCCAAGAACCUGGACAAUAUGGUUUACCGCCGAUACAAAAACGAGAAAUCCUCUAGAGAAAUGGACAACAUGUGGCAUCAAUUGAAGUCCACCUUUAGGGAGGCCUUGCUAUCCAGUCCGGAGCUAGACUGGAUCGAGCGAUCCACUCGAAAUCUUGCCAUCGCUAAGUUGGAGGCUAUGACACUGGAGCUCAACAACUACUCUAAGGAGAACUUAACCGAAGACUUUGCGGACCUCAAUUUGCAAACCACAGACUAUAUCGAGAAUCUGCGUCAGGUUUUCCAGCUGGGUGCAAAGCAAAUGCGGCAACUGUUUCGCCAGCCGCCGAAACCAAUAGAAGAAGCCGAAAUUUUAAGUUACACCCCGGCCAACAACCCGAUAGAGAACACCAUCAAGGUUCCGGUUGCCAUGUUACAGCCCUUCUACAUUUGGUCCGAUGUCUACCCCAAUGCGGUUAAGUUCGGAACCCUGGCCUCCCUAAUUGGACACGAGUUAAUCCACGGAUUCGACGACAGGGGACGGAAGUUUGAUGACAAGGGAAUCUCGACGGAUUGGUGGGAUGAGAAGUCCAGCAGCAACUUCCUGAAACGAAGGGAAUGCUUCACCAAGCAGUACGGCCGGUAUGUGUACGAUGGAAUCCAGCUGAAGGAGUCAACCGCGCAGUCGGAGAACAUUGCGGACAAUGGGGGAACACGGCUGGCCUACGCAGCCUACCGCAAAUGGUUUGAGUCGCAAAUCACAAAUAGCUCGAGUGUCAAUCAGGUCCUGGCCAAGGAGACCCUGCCCAACCUGCGAUACUCCGCCAACCAGCUCUUCUUCAUCAGCUUUGCGCAGGUCUGGUGCAACGAUGUACAUCCCAGUCUGAAGGCCCUGCAGGUAUCAACCGACGAACACACGCCAGCAAAGUACCGUGUUAUUGGAACCUUAUCCAACUUCAAGGAGUUCUCGAAAGAGUUCAACUGUCCAGCGGGAUCUGCCAUGAAUCCCUGCGAGAAAUGCAUACUUUACUAGGUUAUGUAAUAGUAAAAGCAAUGUUCCGCCACUUCAAUUUUAUUUGUUGGUAACUAUUUACUUUGUGAAGGAUGUGCACUUUUAGUAAUGGUUAUCUUA